CACUAAUUAAGUAAACCUUCAGUAGUGAGGAAUAGCCAAAAAGGAUGAUGCUAUCGUGAACAAACAACUCCAUAUUGUAGCCGCAUUUAUGAGUACUCACAAAUAGUAGCUUCUAAGUCUUGCGGAGGUUUCAACAAUGGAGAGAUACCACUUUCCUCGGGAUGGAUGUGAAAACAGAUUAUGAUCCGUUCCUUUAACACAGAAAGAGAGCUAGUGUUUGAGUUUCAAGUCGAUUUCAGAAGAGAAUGCCCUGCCCCUGUGGUUGAAGAUCAUGAAAUCCACGUUCUCAGGCAAAGAAACAACCCUGCAAAUAGCAAAUGGGGAUGUACAGACAGGAACUUCCCCGGCACAGUUAAAGCUGCCCACAUACAGCACAAUAGCCCUACAAGCAACUCCAGCACCACCUACAUCGGAGGCCCAGAGAAUUCCUCCUCCAUAAUCUUCAGCAGGCUCCUAUACUGAAUCGUUGAAUAGGCGGCGUGGCCCAGAAUCAGAACUCCGAUAACGCCGACUGUAAAUCCCAAUCCCAUCUAGCCAGAACUUGGUGCUCCAACUGGAACUGAUUGGAGAAGAAGGGAUGAAGAGAAAGACUGAAGAUUGGGGAUGGGAUCGUUCGAUCGAGAUUCUAGGGUUGAGGUUCGUUUUCGAUUUUGGGGGGAGGGGCCAAAACGACAAAAUGCCAUAUUAAGAAGUUCCUCCAGAUUCAGAAUAUCCGAUCCGCCCUUCGCUUGGGAUUCCUAACCAAAGUACCAAACAGACCCUUAGGCCAAAAGGCAAAACAAAACAAAAAAUAAGAGCAAAAAUUCAGUGGCCACGGCGGACGUUACACCAAACUUUGGACGGACUUCUCAACGCCUUUCUUCAAAGAUCUCUACUCCUCCCUUUUUUCCCACCUACCGCCUUUCUUCACUCCUCUGCUUCUUCCUCCUUCCCAUCUUUUCCUUUCGCUCUUCGUUUCCUUCAAUCGCCGGGGAAAUGCAGAGCGCCGCCUUCACUACCUCCCCUUCCUUCCUCCGUCCGCUCCGGUCCAACAACCCUAGGUUGGGCUUCCGCUUCGACCCUAUUCGAGCUACUAGCCGGGACGAUCUCGGCGCUUCCAGCAAUGUCGUUUUCCCCCGCCGCUCCUGGUCCCUCGGCUCCCCUUCCUCCAAGCUCCAGCUCCGGCCAUGGAAUCCCCUGCCUCCGCUUGUUUCUUCUGAGAAGAGGGCGGAGCGAUUUGAAGUGAAGGCCACUGCCGAGACCGCUGGCGAGGAAGACAAGUCCAGUAGCUUCACUAAGACUCUGGUGCUCGGAUCCUUGUUUGGUCUCUGGUAUCUCUUCAAUAUCUACUUCAACAUCUAUAACAAGCAGGUCUUGAAAGUCUUCCCUUACCCCGUAACGAUUACCGCCAUCCAGUUUGCUAUGGGAACUGCUCUCGUUACUUUCAUGUGGACUUUCAACCUCUAUAAGAGGCCCAAAAUUAGUGGCGCUCAGCUUGCUGCAAUCCUGCCUCUUGCGGUUGUCCACACUCUCGGUAAUCUCUUCACGAACAUGAGUCUUGGGAAAGUGGCUGUUUCGUUCACUCACACUAUCAAAGCUAUGGAGCCAUUCUUCUCGGUUCUUCUCUCUGCAAUGUUCCUUGGUGAGUUUCCUAGUCUUUGGGUGGUUUCUUCUCUUUUACCAAUUGUUGGUGGAGUGGCACUGGCAUCUAUGACUGAAGCCUCGUUCAAUUGGGCUGGUUUUUGGACUGCAAUGGCUUCCAAUGUGACCAAUCAAUCUCGAAAUGUCCUGAGCAAAAAAGUCAUGGUGAAGAAAGAGGAAUCUAUGGACAACAUCACCCUCUUCUCAAUCAUAACAAUUAUGUCAUUUAUCUUGCUUGCUCCUGUGGCUCUCUUUAUGGAAGGCGUCAAGUUCACUCCAGCAUACCUCCAGUCUGCUGGAUUGAAUGUUAAACAAGUGUGCACUAGGUCGCUAAUUGCUGCUCUAUGUUUCCAUGCAUAUCAGCAGGUUUCGUACAUGAUAUUGCAGAGGGUAUCACCUGUUACCCACUCAGUUGGCAACUGUGUGAAGCGUGUGGUGGUCAUUGUGAGCUCCGUGAUCUUCUUCCAGACACCUGUUUCACCAGUCAAUUCUAUAGGCACUGGGAUAGCACUAGCUGGAGUGUUCCUAUACUCGAGAGUGAAGCGCAUUAAGCCAAAGCCAAAGGAAGCUUGAAAAGUGUUUUGUCGAUAAAUUUUGGUUUCUCUGAAAUUGGGGGGUUUUUUCCCCGAUGAUUUGAAAUUGGGGUUUCUGUCUUCCGUUGAUAGCAUUUUUUAUAUGUUUUCUUGCAUUCGAAGGAACAAAAUUGUUGUAGACCAAGCCAGGAACUUCAGGGUUAGGUUGUGUGUGUUUUCUUGUUGCGUUUGAUCCCCAUUGUUUAGGACGGGGAUGUUGUUUUGUGGGGGUGGCUUUUAGCUGGGUUAGGGUUGACUGAGAAUAAUUGUAUACGACCUGGUUAGAGCAAUUUUAUUAGGAGGGAACUUCCCGACGGCAAAUUUCUUUGGCAAGUUCAAUGUUGGGUGUUAUUUGCAAGGGAAUUCGGCAAGGUGCACGCUCUGUUGAUGAGUACUUCAAAGAGCUGGAACUGCUCUUAAUGAGAGCAAAUGUGAGGGAGGACAAGG